UUACCAGAUGAAGAAACCGUAACGACUCUCUUUACUAUACGAAACUACUAAGUAAUUUCAUGGAAGCUACACUGUAUUUUCUUCAUCUCCUCAAGUGUCAUUGCUACUGUUUUCUUAUAUAUAUAUAUAACAAACCCUAACAAACCCUAAUACGUAAAAUAUUAUUUGUUUUUUCAGAAAAUUCUCACUCUUUUGAUUAAAAUCUGUUGUGAUCAUGGCUUUUAGAGCGCGAAAACCAAUCCGGACACCGGAUCUUGAUCCGGAAAAUGUUUACGUAGCCAAACGCCAUCAACGACGAUGGCGGAUGGCUUUCAUGGCAAUCUCUUUUACGAGAACUCUUGUUUCCUUGUCCAAGAAGAUUCUUGAUGAGCAAACCAGGCUUUUGCGGUCUCUUUCAUACGUUGCCAUCGAGAUGAUCGAAGAUACACCGAGACAGGUAGAUUGUGUUUCGACCUUGAUCGACAUUGAUCAGAAAUUACUGAGUCAGAUGGUGAAAGAUAAGUUAUAUGAAUCGUUGAACCAGCUGGGAGGAACAAUGCAAGUUGCGGCCAUUCUUCAAUGUGAUGCAAAAGAAGGCAUCAACGGCAGCGGAGCUGAUCUUGCACACCGAAAAGAUGUUUUUGGUGCAAACCGGUACACAAAGCCGCCUACUAAAAGCUUUUUCAGCUUCGUCAUCGAGGCUUUCAAGGACACGGCCAUUAUUAUUCUUCUGGUGUGUGCUAUUCUGUCACUAGGCUUUGGUAUUAAGCAACAUGGCUUCAAAGACGGGUGGUAUGACGGUGGAAGUAUUGUUGUUGCCAUCUUUCUCGUUAUUGCCGUCUCAGCCGUGAGCAACUUUAAGCAAUCCAGGCAAUUCGUAAAGCUUUCCGAUGAGAGCAGCGACAUAAAGGUGCAAGUAGUGAGAGACGGGAGGCUCCGGAGUAUUUCUAUUUUCGACGUUGUGGUGGGUGAUGUGGUAGCUUUGAAGAUUGGGGAUCAAAUACCGGCUGAUGGAUUGUUCUUGGAUGGCUAUUCUUUGAAGAUAGACGAAUCUAGUAUGACCGGUGAAAGCGACCAUGUUGAGGUAAAUAGCACCAUCAAUCCAUUCUUACUCUCUGGUACAAAGGUGACAGAUGGCUUCGGAUCCAUGCUUGUUACGUCUGUUGGCAUGAAUACAGCUUGGGGUGAGAUGAUGAGUUCUAUUACCCGCAAUUUGGAUGAGCAGACGCCAUUGCAGGAACGCCUCAACAAACUGACUUCUUAUAUCGGCAAAGCUGGAUUGGCAGUGGCUGUACUGGUUUUUGCUGUUUUGACAAUCCGCUACUUCACAGGAAACACUAGGGAUGAAUAUGGACAUCGAGAAUAUAAUGGAAGUAAGACAAAGGUCAAUAGUGUGCUGAACUCACUUGUGGAAUUUUUUGCAGCCGCGGUGACUAUUGUGGUGGUAGCAAUUCCGGAAGGUCUGCCUCUGGCUGUAACUUUAACUCUUGCUUACUCGAUGAAGAAAAUGAUGAAUGAUAACGCGUUGGUGCGUAAACUCUCUGCAUGUGAAACAAUGGGAUCAGCUACAGUAAUCUGCACGGAUAAAACAGGAACUCUCACUUUAAAUCAGAUGAAGGUUACGGAGUUUUGGCUUGGGAAAGACCUAAUUCAAAAUGAAAUAGAACACAACAUUAGUUUGCUAUUGGAAGAAGGUGUAGCUUUAAAUACAACAGCCAUUCUCAACAAACCUCAAUCGAUGACAACGACCCCUGAGAUCUCUGGUAGUCCAACCGAAAAGGCGAUACUCUCUUGGGCUGCACUCGAUUUGGAGAUGAAUAUCUACGAGACGAAGAGAAAGUGUGAUAUAAUAAAUGUAGAAACGUUCAACUCGGACAAAAAAAGGAGCGGCGUGAUGAUGAAGAGAAACAAUGAAGAUACAAUUCAUACACACUGGAAGGGAGCUGCAGAGAUGAUAUUAGCAAUGUGCUCCACUUAUUAUGUGAGAAGUGGAGAGCUAGUAAACAUGAAUGAGGAAGACAGAGUUCAAUUUACGGCGAUAAUUAAUAGCAUGGCCGCCAAAAGCCUGCGAUGCAUUGCAUUUGCUCACAGAAAGGAUGCAGCAGAAAACGGAUAUGGCUCUGAAAUGCUUGAAGAAACUGGAUUUACCUUCUUGGGGCUUGUGGGAUUGAAGGACCCAUGUAGACCGGGGGUUAGAGCAGCUGUCGAAUCAUGCAGAAACGCGGGAGUGAAUGUUAAAAUGAUCACUGGUGACAAUCAACAUACAGCAAGAGCUAUAGCUCUUGAAUGCGGAAUUCUUAACUCAAAAGACGAUAUCGACAACAAAGCAGUAGUAGAAGGUGUUGAAUUCAGAAAUUACUCACCUGAAGAGCGAAUGGCACGCAUAGAUAAAAUCCAAGUAAUGGCAAGAUCUUCCCCGUUCGACAAGCUUCUGAUGGUACAGUGUUUGAAGGAGAAAGGGCAUGUGGUAGCUGUCACUGGAGAUGGCACGAAUGAUGCUCCUGCUCUUAAGGAAGCAGACAUCGGGCUUUCGAUGGGAAUUCAAGGGACAGAGGUGGCGAAAGAGAGUUCAGACAUCGUCAUAUUGGACGACAAUUUCACGUCGGUGGUGACGGUAUUGAGGUGGGGGAGAUGUGUGUACAACAACAUUCAGAAGUUCAUUCAGUUUCAGCUCACCGUCAAUAUUGCUGCCCUCACCAUCAACUUCGUUGCAGCUAUUUCCUCCGGUAAAGUCCCCCUAACUGCAGUGCAGCUACUUUGGGUGAACCUCAUUAUGGACACCAUGGGAGCCUUGGCAUUGGCCACUGAGCUGCCCACUAAUGACCUCAUGAGGAAGAAACCUGCAGGUCGAUCUGAGCCGCUUAUCACCAACAUCAUGUGGAGGAACCUUAUUCCUCAGGCCUUGUAUCAGGUAGCCAUCUUACUUAUUUUACAGUUUAAAGGUAAAGCAAUCUUUGGUGUAGAUGAAAGGGUCAAGAACACAAUCAUUUUCAACACAUUUGUUCUCUGCCAAGUUUUUAAUGAGUUCAAUGCAAGGAAGCUAGAGAAGAGGAACAUAUUUGAAGGGAUACAUAAGAGCAAGUUGUUCUUAGCAAUAAUCGGAAUUACCAUAAUCCUGCAAGUGGUGAUGGUGGAGCUUCUAAAGCACUUCGCCAGUACCGAGAGGCUGAACUGGGGGCAAUGGGGAGCUUGCAUCGGCAUUGCAGCUGUAUCUUGGCCAAUCGGUUGUAUUGUGAAGUGCAUUCCAGUUUCCCGUAAAGAUCUUCAAAGCAAGGAACUCCUGGAUUAGGAAAAUGCAUAGGAAAGGAUCAGAGUUCAUAUGAGUACAUAAAUAGCCUUUAAAUAAAAAAGAUUAGGUUUUUCCUUCAAUGCAUUAGUACUUUUUGCGGUUUCUUGUAGGAAUUAAUAUUUGGAGUAUGUAAAUAUUCUACAUUAUGAACUGGAAGGCUUAUUUAGUUUUCAUCUUUUGUUGUUUCACUUCUUGAAUAAUGCAGAUAAACAAAGGUACAAAAAUU